CCAAUUCUGCCUCUAUCCUCCUGGUCAUGGCUAAGCCUCUCCUCUUUUACACUCUCUCUUGCCUUUGCUUUCUGCUCACAUGUUCUGCUACUCUGUACACUGUGGGGGAUAGCGCUGGUUGGGACAUAAGCUCCAGUCUUGAUUCAUGGACCAUUGACAAGACUUUCAAGGUGGGAGAUGUUCUUUUGUUCCAAUACUCGUCCUACCACAACGUGGUGGAACUGACCAAGGACAACUUCGAUGGAUGUAACGUGGGCAAUCCUCUACAAAUAAGCAGCAACGGGAAUACUUCUAUUCCUUUGACGAGCCCCGGCCAGAGAUACUUCGCAUGCGGAAACAAGUUGCAUUGCCUAGGAGGGAUGAAGCUUCAGGUCAAUGUCGUAGGGGAUCAGGCCGUGAGUUCUCCGGCCGGCGCACCUCAAGCCUCAGCAGGGUCUGAACCAGAAACCCCCUCUUCUCUUCCACCUCCUUCUUCCAAAACCAACAGCAUCCCUAUUCCUACUUCAACUGGGUUCGUUCAUGGGGGAAAGCACUCCCUUAUAAUAGCUUGUCUCAGUUUCUUGGGAACACUUUCUGUAAGUAUUUAAUACAUUGGUUUAAUGAAUCAGUGAGAUGAGGGGGGUCUGAAUGUGUA